AUCACCACCACAAUCCACCACAGCCCUCCAGAAGCCCAACACCACCUCCGCAUCCUACAUUAAACCACUUUCAAAACGAUUUCCCUCACCCGAGUCCUCAGAAUGUCCGAAGGGGGAGUCAAGCGCGCUGCUUCCCCCACUCGGGCAAUUUCCCCACCUCCACUUCGGCGGAAGGUCGCAACUGUUACCAAGAAGUCGGUCGCGAAUUUCUUCACGCCGGCGUCGCAGAAGAAGCCCGAGCCCAUCACUUGGCGCAUUUUAGGCACGAGCUUGAUUGUAGGGAAAUAUGUGCCUGAGAAGAGUGCUCCGCAGACGGUCUCGGAGCAGGCGCGGAGGAUAGCUUCUUUUGAUUUGGAUUCAACAUUGAUCAAGACUAUAUCGGGGAAUACCUUCCCCAAGUCACCAAAGGACUGGCAAUGGUGGGACCCUGCGGUCCCAGGGAAGCUUAAGGAGCUCAACUCGGAAGGCUACCAAGUUGUCAUCUUCUCCAACCAGAAGAUGAUCAAGGUCCAAAAGGAUAUCAAACAUGGCAACAGCGAAUCCAAAAGUCUGUCCAAUUUCAAAGAAAAGAUGACCGCGGUCAUGACUCAAUUGGACAUUCCUAUCAGCGUUUAUGCGGCUACUACAGACCCAGAGUACAGGAAGCCCCGCCUGGGCAUGUGGCGCGAAUUCCAAGACGACUAUGACCUUGAUGUAUCAGGGAUAGAUCUCAAGGGGUCUUUCUUUAUCGGUGAUGCGGCGGGGCGGCCCGGAGAUCACUCGAAUGUUGAUCGUGGAUUCGGGACAAACGCUGGCAUGGUCUUUAAGACGCCAGAGGAGUUCUUCCUUGCCCAUCCCCCAAUGGAAGUUCCUGAGAUCUUUGAUCCGGAGUCAUAUAUCAAGUCAGCACCAGGUUCGCCCCGUGAAUCUGAAUCAUUUGCCCGCAAACACCCCCUUGAGCUUGUCAUCUUUUGCGGCAGCCCAGGCUCUGGAAAGUCCACAUAUUUCUGGAAAAACCUGGAGCCUUUGGGCUAUGAACGUGUCAAUCAAGACAUUUUGGGAACACGCCCAAAAUGUCUGAAAGUAGCUCGCGAAUUCCUUGAAGCUAAGAAAUCUGUCGUUGUUGACAAUACCAAUGCAAAUCUCGAGACCAGAGCCUACUGGACAGAACUUGCGAAAGAGCUCAAUGUACCUAUCCGAUGCAUCCAUUUCUUAUCACAACCAGAACUGUGCAGGCACAACAAUGCUGUUCGAGCUUCGAACAAAGAGCUGAACCCUGAGGCGAGAAAGUCUCUUCCUGGCAUCGCCUUUGCAGACUAUGGUCGCAGAUACCAGGCGCCUACUCUUGACGAGGGCUUCGAGGAUAUCACACCCGUUGAAUUUGAAUUCAAAGGCACAGAUGAAGAAAAGGAACUCUGGCGCCAGUAUUGGAUUUGACUUGUCAAAGACCCGCAAAUCUAUGGAUGAUAUUCCAAGGGCCGAUCUUGAAAUAAGGUCCGGUUCCUGGAGUGGAUUCCAUUACUGUCUAUUUUUCAU